AUGCAUCUCGACCGCGUCAUGUUCUUGACAGUUGAUGACACGACCAUCACGCUCAUCCCAAGGUUCCGAGUGACACGUGAAGAUGAGAACACGUGGACGCUGCACAUCCGCCAGGUCACGCCGGCGGAUACGGGUUAUUACGUGUGCCAGGUCAAUAUGGAGCCGACAAUUAACCAGGUCGGAUACGUACAGGUUGUCGUCCCUCCGGAAUUCAUUGACGAGGAAAGCAGUCCAUCCCACGUAGCGGUACAGGAAGGGAAUGACGUCCGACUAGUGUGCAGAGCCAAGGGUGUUCCGAAGCCGAGUAUCCACUGGACUCGAGAAGACGGGAAGACAUUCACCACCGUGCGAGGAAGUCAAGUGAGGAAAAUCGAGAGUGAGGAGCUUGUAUUGAACGGCGUCACAAGAAAAGACAUGGGAGCUUAUCUCUGCAUAGCUUCCAACAAGGUUCCUCCGUCGAUAAGCAAACGCAUCGUUCUGGAGAUACACUUCCAGCCCCUGAUCACAGUGCCAAACCAGCUGGUCGGGGCACCCAUUGACACCACCGUGACCCUCGAGUGCCAGGUUUCCGCCUUCCCCAACGCCGUGCACUUCUGGCGUUUCAAGAGCCAGCUCCUGAUCAACUCGACGCGACAGGAAACCCAAGAGAUUAAGAACGGAUACAAAACCACCAUGAGAUUAUCCUUGAGGAAUCUCCGUGGCAGUGAUUUUGGGACGUAUGUCUGCGCCGCCAAGAACUCUCUGGGGGAGACGGAGAGUAAUGUGAGGCUGUACGAGAUUGUGGUUCCUCGGGGCUCAGACGAUCGAGAAGAUGAGACUCACGACGAAUUAGUUCUUCCCGAACACCGCAAUGACGUCCGUCCCAUAGAGCCAUGGAGGCGGUCAGGCAGUAAGUUCUGCUGUUUUCUUAGUUGGUUUUCUUGAAGUUGUUGUUAGUUUUCUUUAAUGUUUGUAAGGUACGCUCCUAGCUU